UGGUCAAAACAGCUCCUUCCUUCCUGGUCCCGUCCAUGCAGUGAACAGCUGAUGCGGUGCUUCUUCCCCUGUCAAAUAGUCGUAAAAUAAUUAGUCCCAACUGUCCAAGAAUAAAAAGUGGCCAUGACGAAAGAAGACGUGAACGGCGCGACGGAGGACGAGCAGCAGGCUCAGUCAAAGAAAGCUCUAAAGAAACAGCAGAAGGAAGCGGAGAAAGCUGCAAAGAAGGCUGAGAAACAGGCCAAGCUGGCGGCUGAACAACAAAGUGCAGAUGAAGAUGACUUUGCCAAGGACCGGUAUGGCUUGUCAGCUAUGGUGCAAUCGCAGCAAAAACUUGACAGGGUGUUGGUGCGAGUCCAAGACCUGACCCCAGAGAAAGUUGACCAGCUGAUCUGGUUGCGCGCCCGGGUCCACACCAGCCGAGCCAAAGGGAAGCAAUGCUUCUUGGUCUUGCGUCAGCAGCAGUUCAACGUGCAGGCGCUGGUCGCAGUGGGAGAUCGUGCCAGCAAGCAGAUGGUCAAGUUUGCUGCGAACAUCACAAAGGAGAGCAUCGUGGACGUCGAGGCCAUGGUGAGGAAAGUGGAGCAGAAGAUCGAGAGCUGUUCUCAGCAGGACGUGGAGCUCCACAUCGAGAGGAUUUUUGUCAUCAGCCAGGCAGAGCCUCGUCUCCCCCUGCAGCUGGAGGACGCCGUCAGGCCGGAUGGAGAGGGGGAGGAGGAAGGAAGAGCCACUGUUAACCAGGACACCAGGCUGGACAACAGGGUGAUUGAUCUCCGGACGACCACCAGCCAGGCCAUCUUCCGCCUGCAGUCAGGAGUCUGCCAGCUCUUCAGAGACACCCUCACCAACAAGGGCUUUGUGGAGAUCCAGACCCCCAAAAUAAUAUCGGCUGCCAGCGAAGGUGGCGCGAACGUCUUCACCGUGUCCUACUUCAAAUCCAGCGCCUACCUGGCCCAGUCCCCUCAGCUCUACAAGCAGAUGUGCAUCUGUGCUGACUUUGACAAGGUCUUCUGCGUCGGUCCAGUUUUCAGGGCUGAGGACUCCAACACUCACCGUCAUCUGACUGAGUUUGUGGGUCUGGACAUUGAGAUGGCCUUCAACUACCAUUACCACGAAGUGAUCGAGUCCAUCACCGACACCAUAGUGCAGAUAUUCAAGGGCCUGAGAGACAACUUCCAGACUGAGAUUCAGACGGUGAACAAGCAGUUCCCCAGCGAGCCCUUUAAAUUCCUGGAGCCCACCCUUCGGCUGGAGUACACCGAGGCCUUGGCCAUGCUUCGCGAGGCCGGCGUGGAGAUGGGAGACGAAGAUGACCUCAGCACUCCUAAUGAAAAGCUGCUGGGACGCCUCGUCAAGGAAAAGUAUGACACUGACUUUUAUGUGCUGGAUAAAUACCCGCUGGCUGUUCGCCCUUUCUACACAAUGCCUGAUCCAACCAACCCUAAAUACUCCAACUCUUACGACAUGUUCAUGAGGGGAGAGGAGAUCCUGUCAGGAGCUCAGAGAAUCCAUGACGCUCAGCUGCUGACUGAAAGGGCUCAGCAUCACCAGAUCGAUCUGGAGAAGAUCAAGUCGUACAUCGACUCGUUCCGUUACGGAGCCCCCCCACACGGUGGAGGCGGCAUUGGUCUGGAGCGCGUCUGCAUGCUCUACCUGGGUCUCCACAACGUGCGUCAGACCUCCAUGUUCCCCCGUGACCCCAAGCGCCUCACACCCUGAGCCCAGAGCUUUGGGAAAGAUUCCCGUCUCCACCAGAGGUGUCGGUGCCAGAUGUGGCUGACGGAGACUCCAACUAACCCCCCCACCAUCCAGAAAGGGAGAAACGAGUAGGAUGUAGCCCCACCCCCUGUUUCUAACAGGCCAAUAGAAGUUAAUCACUAAGAAGAAUGACGCAGUUGUACUUGAACGGACUUUAUUGAUUUGUGCGCGUAGUUUUCUAACAAGUAAAAACAGACACAUCGACGGAAGGAUCGGGCUCCCAGAGGAGGCUGCACACGUCUAAUUCACCGUCUAAUCAUCAACAAGUGUUUUUUCUAAGGCUUAAUUAGUGGAUGAUUAAGCCGCUGUAACACAGAUCAGAGUCCUUUGUAUUACCAGCACAGACAUUAAGAAUACUGAUUGUGGUUUUCAACUGUUUGCCUGUAACUACAUGUGUUUUGUAAGUAAUUAAUAAGAAAUAAAACUGGGCUAAUUAAAAAAAAAAA